AUGUCUAAUUUCGAACCAAAUGCCAUUAUUCGCGGAGCCCAGCUUACACUAGUAGGAGCCCAUAGAGCUCUGCAGAACCCGUCCCUCUUCAAGUCGCAACAUUACAGGCAAGCAGCCCUCGCGGUUUGUGCCGGGAUUGCAAUUCGACUCAUAAUUUCUAUUCCAGUUGUUGGAGUUAAGUUCGUAAUAUGGCUUCUCUCCUGGGUUGUCAACUUGGACGCGGCAACAUGGGACGAUACAAUCAUUAGCCAUCUUGACUUUAUAUCAACAUACGUCCUACAAGUGCCAUUCUUGUUGAUGACCUUGAUGCGCUAUAUUACUCCUACAUUAGACGAUAUGUUUAUGGAAUCUCUCCGAUGGGUUGAUUCGACCUAUAUCGAAAAACACAAAUCAGAUCAUCCCGAGGGUUUGCGAGCCCUGUAUUAUCCCCAUCUCAGGAUGUAUUCAGUCAGGAGGGAUGGCGCCACCACUUCAACUUUGGCCUCGUCUCUAAAGACCUUUGUGAUCCGGUAUGGCCGGAGAACUGCCACCUCCCUCGCUGUCUAUUUGCUCUCGCUGCUCCCAGUUGUCGGAAUAUUUGUGAUCCCAGCUGCCAGUUUUUACGCCUUUAAUAAAGGGGUCGGACCUAUACCAGCCGUUGUCAUAUUUGGCUCUGGGCUUGUUGUCCCAAAAAGGAUUGUUGUGAUGUUUCUACAAAGUUAUUUUUCGUCGCGUAGUCUUAUGCGAGAACUGCUUGAACCAUAUUUCUCUCGCAUCAAAUACACGAAAGAACAAAAAAGGCUCUGGUUUCGUGACCGAGCCGGUGUUCUUUUUGGAUUUGCGAUUGGUUUCUACACUAUGCUUACAGUACCUCUCCUUGGAGUUCUAGUUUAUGGUAUUGCAGAAGCGUCAACAGCAUAUUUAAUCACCAAAAUUACAGAUCCUCCCCCUCCACCGGCAUACUCCGAGGGAUUCGCGGCAAGCCAAAUAAGUUGGCGAAACAAGCAUGCAUUUCUUCGGCUAUCAUUAGGUUCUCUGGAUGUGUACAAUAUUCAGGCUAUCGGCGAGGGACACACUGUCGACAAGAGAGAUGAAAGUGAGCCGCAGAAGAAAUUCAGCUGAGAUUCCUAAGGGUUAUCGAUCGAAAUUGGUUUUAUGGUGGCAACUACGAAGUAUGCUUUUUUAGCCUUUUUUCUCGGUCGUUUCUUGGGUAGGCGACGUGAAUGAGUGGUUACCCCAAGGUUGUACCAUUAUAUUAAAUUUGGAAAGUUACGGAUCAAUAUUAACUGAAACGCCUCGCGCGACAGAUCACCCUUAAUCCAGUAUUAUUCAAUUUCUAACUUUCUCCCCAGAUCUUCUGAAACAUUCCCUGCUGGGCGCUGCAUUCAAUUUUAGAUACGUCCCCGGAAUCUUCGAACCAUU